AUGGGACAGUCUGGGGCCUAUGGCAGGUCGGAAGGAUCUCUGGCUGAGCAGCAGCAGCAGCAGCAGCAGCAGCAGCAGCAGCAGCAGCAGCAGCAGCAGCAGCAGCAGCAGCAGCAGCAGCAGCAGCAGCAGCAGCAGCAGCAGCAGCAGCAACAGCACCACCAGCAGCAGCAGCAGCAGCAGCAGCAGCAGCAGCAGCAGCAGCACCAGCACCAGCAGCAGCACCAGCAGCAGCAGCAGAAGCAGCAGCAGCAGCAGCAGCAGCAGCAGCAGCAGCAGCAGCAGCAGCAGCAGCAGCAGCAGCAGCAGCACCACCACCACCACCACCAGCACCAGCAGCAACAGCAGGACCACCUCCACCACCAGAGGCAGCAGCAGCAGCAGCAGCAACAGCAUCGUCCUCCUGGGCACCAUCCCCAUGAGAAUCGUCUUAAUGAGCACCCUCCGCCACUGCACAAUCCACAUGCUCACGAUCGGCCAUCCGAGCAUCGCUCUCACAAGCCUGCACAGCAGCGAGGGGAAUGGCUGCAGCGGCAUCGACGGCCACAGGUGCGAGCUGAAGUGAGGGAGUGCCAGCUUAGACAGGGCGGGGGUGCCGGGCCUCGUGUGGACUGGCUGUCCACUGCAGCGGCUGAGGAAUUGACCGGCUUUGCAGCAAGGGGAAUGGGGACUGCAGGUAUUUUGGGGAGAGAUGGUCUGAGGGAGGCUUCUAUUAGGGACGGUGAGGAGGGAAGAAAAAAGGGGGACAGAGGGAAGGAAGUGGAAGGAUGGGAAGAUGGGGAAGGAGGGGAAGGCAGGGAAAGGGGGGAAGGCGGGGAAGGAGGGGAAGGAGAGGAAGGAAGGGAAGGAGGGGAAGGAGAGGAGGUGGGGGAGGGAGGGGAAGGAGGGUCAGAUGCGGAUGGCAUAGCAGCAUCAGGUGCAAAUGGAGAGGGCGACCUGAGGGACGAGGGGUCAGUGCCUCGGAAGCGGCUGCGGUUGACGAAAGUGCAGUCGCUGCAACUGGAGGAGAAGUUUGCCCUCGUGUCCUCUCCCAACGCUGUACGCCCCUCCCCGCUCUUCCUCCUCGUGUGUGCUGCUUCCGUUCGUGCAGAGAAGGCUGCAUUUGCAAGGGAGCUGCAGCUGCAGCCACGGCAGGUGGAGGUGUGGUUCCAGAACCGACGUGCACGGUGA